UUUCCUUCCCCAAUCAGCUGCGAUAUUUCAUCUGAAGCAAUUAUUGUAUAGUUGAAUAUUGUUUGAAUUUUGUAUCAUAUCUUGAUGGAAGAAGUGAAGGUUAAGAAGAGAGGACGGGAUGGGUCGGAGGAGGAGACUGUCUCGGUGAUUGAUUUGCCGGAGGUUAAGAGGCUGAGGGAGGAGUUAUUGGACAGUUUAGGUGAUGAUGAUUCGGAGUUAUGCACAGAGAGUCAGGAUCUUGACUCUUUCAUGAAGAGUUUCGAGGAGGAAAUUAUGGGUUCGCCUUCGCCAACGUUGGAUUUGAAGUCAGGUCCUGAAGAGUCUCAGCCGGAUCUGGAGUAUUUGUUGGAGGCUUCGGAUCACGAGCUUGGGCUUCCUCCGUCGACGGGGUCUCCGGUGGGUGUUUUGAGUGAUGAGAAGACCGAGUUGGGACGAGUGAGCUCUGACUCGUCCGAACUAGGCGGUGAGUUGUGGGAGUUUCCGAGUUAUGACUCGUAUGAGUUUGGCAUCGGCGGAACGGAUACCUAUAGUAACAGUAGUAACGGCGAAUAUGUGGCCCUAGACGAAUUAUUCGACUAUUCGGAUAUGGGUUUCGGGUUUAAUGAUUUUGAAUGGAAACCCGAAUUACCGGCCCAAUAGAAUAGAGAUUUUUGGAAUAUUGUAAAUUUUUACUUAUUUUUCAGUUAUUUACAGGAAAAGCAAUUCGAAAGAAUAUAAAACAUGCCUUGUGCAAUUGUGUCAAUUGUCCCAA